AUACACAGAGCGCUCUGGAAAAGGGGAGACUAUGAGACAACGCAGAUGCUCCAUUCAACCACAUGGUUCAUCAACAGCACAAACAAGUGCUACAGACUGCCAGGUUCACAUAAGGGACUUGCACUGCUGUUGCCCACAACAGUGUGUUUUAAAUGUAGCCGGACGAGUUUUCAGUCGCACAGGCAGCUGAAAGUUGCUGUUGUCUCUGGAUUAUUUUUUAGGGAAGCGCACUGUUACAAAUUGACAUAACGGGACUCAAUACGAGCUGAACUUAAAGGAAAAAACUUGCUGGAACUUUUGAGCCCCGUACCCAUCCGUGAUCUGACUUCAAGGUGACUGAGGUUUUUUUGUGAAAACCUAAUAGGCUUUUUAAAACACACUUGAACUUAGUAAACGGGCUGUUCUGAGCAGUGUUUGCCAGACAGCGGAGGAUGGUGCAGCACAUGAGCCAGACAGAGAGCGCCCACGCUCAUUCUCCCUGUGGGGACUCUACGGACACGGGUGAAAUGGACUUGGAGAUAGAUGCGUCUCCGACCCCCGAGUUCCCUCCGACCGGGGAUCGGAGCGACUUGGCAUGGUGCAAAACUCCAACGGGGCACAUCAAGAGACCAAUGAACGCAUUCAUGGUCUGGUCACAGAUUGAGAGGAGGAAAAUUAUGGAGCAGUCACCGGACAUGCACAACGCAGAGAUCUCCAAGAGGCUGGGGAAGCGGUGGAAGCUGCUUAAAGACACAGAUAAGAUUCCGUUCAUCCGCGAGGCGGAGCGGCUGAGACUAAAACACAUGGCUGACUACCCAGACUACAAGUACCGUCCUAGGAAGAAAGUCAAGUCAGGGAGCGGAGCAAGCAAGCAGUCAGACCGCGGGGAGAAGUUCGGGGAGCGCAGCACGAAAGCAAGCGUGAAAAGAAACCCCGCGUCCAAGGGAGGGAGCAGGACAAACAAACAAGUGGGGGGCAUGAAAGGUGCUUUGGGGCAGGACUAUGCGUCUCCCGGUGACCACCAGACGCUCUUCAAAUCCAGGUCAGUGUCUGGAGCCAGACAGAUCCCAGAGAAGCGCACUGGAGAGGCAAGGCGUGGCCACAUGUUUGGCGGGGCAGGCAGCCUGGAUAGCGGCCCACCCUCCGUUGGAGUCCCGGCCAGUCCAGCCCUGAGCAGCUCGACGGAGUCCGGCGACCCGCUCAGCCUGUAUGAGGAGCAGAGCCCGAAAGCCAGCGAGUCAUCACACACUGCGCGCCUCAGGUAUGCUAGAGCCAGCUCCCCAACACCGUCUGCCUCUUACUCUUCAUCAUCUGUGUCAUCAUCAUCUUCAGAUGAGGAGUUUGAAGACGAACGGAGCGACCUGAACCCGAGUCCCGGGCAUGAAAGUAUGUCUCUUGGUGGCAUGGGCUUCUCAGACUCUGAGCUGGACAGGGACUUGGACUGGAGUUUCGGGGAGUGCGGCGCGGGAUCUCACUUCGACUUUCCCGACUACUGCACCCCGGAGGUCAGCGAGAUGAUCUCAGGUGACUGGCUGGAGUCCACCAUCUCAAACCUGGUGUUUACCUACUGAAUAAACCCGCUUUGGAGACAAACUGUGACGUCCCCCUAGGAUUUGAACUGUUAAACAGGCAUACACGUCCAGACCACACUACUUCUACAAUUAUUUCAGUACUGAAGGAAGAGAGAGGGAGAUCAAGAAGGAAAAGGUGGUCCGCAUGUGUGCGUGUUUCAGCCCUGGUAUGCACUGCUCACAAACUCGCAAAACGCUGAGAGCGCUUGACGGGAACGCGCAGACAGGGAAAGGCUUAAUUUGCAUAUGGACACGGAAGAGGAGUGAAUUUACGUAAGGAGCAGUGAAACACACUGACUUGAACUCAGAUGUUCAAAACGAUCCGCGAGGGAUGAGGACUAAGACUGAACUUUGUAUCUUCAUGUCAUUUUGGGUCGGGAAAGGGCAUUUCCUGAAGAGCUCGCUGUAUAUGGUUUUGUCAAAGGGUUAAAAAAACCCACAUUGAACGUCAAGUUGCUAUUCAGGUUUUUUUUUUAGGAUUCUAAACAGUGUCGAUAUCAACACGCAUGCCCUCUUUAUCCAGGAGGAUUUUUUUGCUGUUUAAUGCGUAAAAUGUUCAUGAUGCGUAAAUGCGCAAUUUGUGUGUCAUAAGCACACUAUUCACUAUCACCAGCUUCUCUUUCAACGGCAGGACUUAAAACAGAGACUGACUCAAAACUUCAGAACUUCUUUUCUGAACAUUUUGAAAAACUCAGUGAACAAUUCAGGACCAAUGUUCCCCGACGCGCAUCCUUUCUGCCUAGUACUCCUACUUUGUAGUUCCUCUGUGUCAAACGACGUUUUUUAUAUUGAUGUAUUUAUACCGGCCAAACGUUUUUAUACAUAGAAGUAUUGUCCUCGUACAGGUCUCGUUUGUGUUUGUGCACAUACGCCUGUCUGUAUCCAGCGCGGAAGGGCUAGAAGUGUAUCUUAUUUAGAGUGUCUGACGUUUCUCACUUUUAAGAAGAUUUGAGCGUGUCAUGAUUUUCUACUUGUAUUUUUGUACAAAACCUAUAGAAAAGGGUUUCCGGCGAGUGGGUAGCCUACAACAUUGUUGCAUUGUUGUUUGGGUCUACAUAGGUGUUUCGAUGUGCAGAGAUGGGAGGAUGAGGAGCAGGGGAGGGGAGGGGGGUGUUUGGCACAAUCUGACCUCACACAGUGUUUACAGUACUUACCCACAUGCUUCUUAAUGGCACAGUGACUCCAGUUUCACCAGCCAAGUAAACAAAGCACCACUGAAGCUCCCAGUUUGAGUGGUUGUUGUUUCCAGUAAACAUAGCACUUCGGUAUAUGAGUGUAAGACGCCAGAGUCACUGUUUGGAUCGAGCUAAUACCUCUGUGUGCUUUUUUUUUAAUUAAUAUAAGUUUUAUUUGAACCACUGGAUGGAAUUUCACUCAUUCCAUUUUGCCUAGACUUUGGAGGAGAGAGGUGUAUGAAGUGCUUCAUCUGUUAUUGCGCAAUCUGCAUCAAAAAUAGUAUUUAACCUUUCUGUACCUGUUGGCUAAGUAUAUCAGGCUAAUUGUUUUCCUAUAUUAUGGCAUGGCAAAUAGCAUUUGUAUUUCAGAUUCAGGUAUAUGUAGCUAUAGCUGUUGUGUUUAAGAUUUUUAAAAGAAUAACAUGAAGAUAUUUAUGUAAACUGACUGUACUAUUGUAAGCAAAGAUUGUGUGUUUUAUGUUUGAUGAUGACCAAUGACAGGCAUUAGGACAGCCAUCUUUGGACACUCUUUUGUUGAAGAUGAUUGUGGUCCAGGAGUUUUAUUUCUUCUUUUUUGUUCACUUCAAAGCAUUUUCUAUCAUCCUCUUUUCAUUUGUGCAAUAUGCUGUGUAUGAACAUGUUUUGUCUAAUCAUGCCAAUGUCAUUUGAUGUUUAUAGCUCAAAACCAGCAAAUGUUUGGGUCAAUCACUGCCUCUCAGACCUCUGUACAGAUUGUUGUUUUAUAAUUUGUUUUUUCUUUUCUUCCAAGAAGGAAAUAAAAUCAGCUGGAACUGAAAA